UGAUAUCCAUACCUACCUACUCUGUCUGCACCGCGUUGCGUCUAUACUAAGCCGGCCUUGGUAGAACCAAACACCUAAGUUGAGUGAAGCACACACUGACACACUGAGAUUGGAUUGGGGAGUUUUACUACUUUGCUAAAGAACAAACUGCACUUGACUUCCAAGGAUCGCGAUUUCACCACCCACUUACCUGCUAGGUACCUACCCAAGCACGUAGUUCAUUACUCACCGGAAUCGGCAAGAUGUGCCGAAAGAUCUUCCACCACCAAAUGCACCACGACGUGCGCACGUUCAUGAUUCUCGACCCGAGCAUCGAGCGCCAGGCCGUCUUCGUCAACCCGCGACACACCAGUUUCCACCGCUGCGAGCUCUCGCCUCCCACCGCAGGAGCAUGGCCGCCGAACAAGCCCCACCAGCCGUCGUUCAAAGCACCUGCAAAGUCGUCGCCGCCAAACGAGUCGCGAGCGACCUCUGCGACGAUGGACGCAGAACAACAAGAAGAAGAAGAGCAGCAGAACACGCUCGGGUGCCAGUACCACACCUGCUGCAUCUGCACGGAGGAAAUCGAGUUCUGCGACAAGUUGCUCGGCAAGCAGUGUCCGCGAAAGCCCGGGUUUAGAGUUCCCGACUCCGACUCCGACUCUGACGAAGAAGAGGAAGAGCAAGAGCAAGAGCAAGAGCAGAAACAAGAAACACGGAAACAGAAACCAAAAGAACCAGAAAAGAAAAAGCAAAAAUCAGAAGAACCAGCAAAGAAGAAGCAGAAACAAGAAACCCAGCAACAAAAAGCCGCCGAAAAAGAAGCCUCCCACGAGCCCGAGGAAUGCGCCCUCUUCACCCUGCAGCACAGGCACACCCAGCUGCCCUACUUCGGGCUGCCCGGGACCCACGACCCCUUCCCCUCGACCUGGAACACGUCCGCGAAGGAGCUCGACUCAGACUGGGCGGGGUGGUUCCAGCGGGACGAGGCGGAGCAGCCGGCGUGGGAGGAGAAGUUCUUCCUCGCGUGCGAGAAGCUGUACACGCUGGAGCAGGACGCGAAGACGCAGUUCCUCGUGUACCGGGAUCUGCUGAGGGUGCUGCUGGCCACUAUGAUUACGAGGGACACGAAGAACGCUGGUGGCAGUGGUAGUAGCAGUAGUAGUAUCAGCGACUACUACGCCACGCGAUUCACGGCCAUCAACGGCAGCAAUAACAACAAUAACAACAACUUGAACAUCAACGGCACCAACAGCGGCCACAACACCAAGCACAACACCAACGGGGACGACAACGGCGACAACGGCGACAACGACGCCGACAUCCGCUACAAGAACGCCCUCGGCCAGGCGCAGCUUGAGGUCGCCGAGAGCGGCGUCGAGCGCGCGCAGGUGCGGCUGACGGAGCAAAAGGAAAAAGUCACCGCGCUGAUGUGGUGGGCGCGCGGCGUCGAGCGCGACGACCUGCCGUCGUUCGUGCCGAUCUGGUGGAUUCGCAUGUGGGCUUUGAAGGACGAGGCCUUUACCGACUAUUAAGUUGGGUGAGCUGGGUACCUUGCUCUUGGUGUG